UUUUUAAUAUUUUUGAAUUCAAAUGAAACAAAAACUUAAAUUCAACAACUGAAAGGUAGUCUCAGGCAUCUUCAUGACAGUGUUCAUCUCAGCUGCCAGAGCAGCUGAGUCCACUGGAGCUGAAGCUUGCUGGUUGGCUUUCGGAUUGUUAGCAAUAAGUGCUGCCACAGGCUACCUUAUAUAUCUUCAGUACUACAAGGAACUGCCAUUUGACAAAAGUCAUCCCUUGUAUGAAGGCAAGAGAGAACCUGAAGAAGAGGAAGCUAAAAAUCUCAGGAUGGACAAUGAAGAUAGAGAGGCAUAUCCAGAAGGAAGGAAUUAUAGAGAAAAGGAUGAAAUGAGAAAAGACACUCAAGAGCAAAGACAUAAUGACUUUGAGCACCCAAAUAGCGUUAAACCUCAAGGAAAUAUUGCGAGUCCUAAAGAUGUAAAGGUCAGAGUUGAUGAAGAGAGCAGUGAAGGCACAGAGAGACAAAAUGAGAUGAUGAAAAAGAAAGCUACGGGCCAUCGUGCUGGGAGUAAAAAGGAUCCUUUUGCUCCAAAGGAUCCCAAUGCAAACUUGAAGAAUUCUAAAAAUAAACAUAAGGAAGUCCAUGCAAAGAAAAUAAAUGAAGAGGAUAAUGAGUCUUCAGAUGCUGAAGAAAAUGAGAGCUCUGAAGAUAAUGAAGACUCCGAAGAAAACGAAAGCUCUGAAGAAAAUGAGGAUUCUGAAUCUGAGUCACAAGAAGCUUCUCAUACCAAUGUAAUGAGAAAAGGUCAUUAUUCACAAAACGAGCCAAUAGACUCAGGAAAACAUGGCAAAAAGACAGCUGCCAUAUUAAUGGGGAAAAAAUAAAUAGAUAGUUCAUUUUUGUU